CAGUUGGUGCAGCAGUGGGUGAAGCAGUGGGUGCAGCAGUGGGUGCAGCAGUGUGUGCAGCAGUCCUGUGGUCUGUGUUCAGGCUGCUGGAUGGCCACAGGAGUGAACUACUGGAGCUCUUAUGAACCCAGUUACAAGGUGAGUGAGUGUGUGUGGGGCGGAGAGCAGGAGUCGAGCAGUGAGGAAGGAGGAGGCGGGGUCACAUGGGAAACACAAGCCAUGGAGGUCAAAGGUCAACUCAUCUCAGCACCUGACCCGCUCACCUGUCCAGACAGGAAGCAGAGGGAGCGAAUGGCAGAGCUGCAGGAGAGGAGGCGGAGCCUGCAGGCCCUGCUAAGCACACGAUUGGCUGAGCUGAGACGCAUCUGUCUGCAGGAGGCGGAACUGACAGGCGCGGUACCUACUGAUUUCCCCCUGGAGGCGGGAGAGAAACCCCCCUGUGUCCGACGCAGAGGUGGGACCUCUCGCACAGGAAACAGGAAGUGUAGAGCCGAGGAGGAGGACUCUCAGCGAACAAAGCCGAAGAAAACUUUAUUCAGCGGUGCUCUGAGGAAACACAGCGACCCUGAACACAACACACACACACAGACGCACACACACCACGGCAAGAGGACUGUACACAGAGGCUGCCACACAGACGACACAGUGAGGUCAGAGAGCAGCUCGACAUCAGACUCAACAGGACACGACAACGAUGACGGUGUGUCUCAGUGGCGCCCCCCGCUGGCCUCGGCUGAUUCUCCAGUGGAGGUUUUCUACCACAGCAAACCCAAGAGGAACUCACUGCAUCCAGAGACUCUUCAUACCCACAAGCCCCUCCCCCUGCCCCCCCCUCUCCCCCUCCAGCCUCCCCCGUCUCACCCCUCUCACUCCCAGGACAGCUCCUCCUCCUCCGGCCCCUCUGAUGCAGGAGCAGCUGGGGAGGCCGCCAUCAGGGUCACCACCGCCCGUCGCAGCAACAGUUCAGACGGCCUCCUGGACCGCAUCACCUCCCCUGAGGAGGAUGGGGGGCGGCCGGGCCAGCAGGGGGGAUUGUGGGUAAAAGGAACAAACAACGUUACAGCGUAUAGGAGCUCAGAGACGCUGGCAGAUGGACGCACGAGGACGAAUAAUGGACUCACUGAGGUUGGAGGAAGGGGAGGUGGGGCGGGGCGAGGAAGAGGAGGAAGAGGAGGGGGGUACAGUGAGGUCCUGCUGGACUAUGUUUGGGGGAAACAGCAACAGCUGCAGCGACAGCAGUCCCAGACUAACAGGCAACCAGUCACAUCGCACCAACCAAUGAUCUAUAAUGGCUACUCUUCCCAGCAGCCCCCUGUAGCCCCGCCCACCUACCGCAGUCACCUGGGCGACCAGCGACGAGUCAAAGUGACCCGGACCAAAUCCUGUGGCCCCUUCCUGCCGGUGCAGCAGAACCAAGCCGAAACCCACAAUCCUCCUGUGACAGCCAUCCAGCCCGACCCUCACCCCCACCUGCUGCCUCCCCGACCCCCACAGAUGCUCCCCUCACAGGACGCACAGCUGGAGGAGGCAACCAGGAGCCUCCACAAGGCUCUCGCUCUGGAAGGUCUGAGGGACUGGUACCUGAGGAACACGAUAGGCUCCUCCCACACAAACCAGCCCAAUGGGAAGGUGAACCUCUGCAGCGCAGACGGACGACUCACGGCAUCAUCCAGCAGCCGACCUAUCAGACGGAGACGAGUCAUCAGACUGCGCCGCAUCACAAACAGACGGCGCUGCCACAUUCGGCCACGUUCCACGGACAUCCGCUGCACGCCAGGUCUGUGGACAACCCUCUCUACCACGACUUCCCACCUCAGAACCAGGAAGUUCCAGCUGUGGACCAGCCGUCUCCUGGCACUCUGGUCUGACUCACGGACCAAUCAGGACUCUGACAGACAGACGGACGGACCAAUCACAGGCUCAAUCAAACACAUCUGUCUCUGGGUUAGGAUCCGGAUCCAAGAGGGAAACAAGAUGUUUGUUGUCAAGCUCAGCGCCACUCGACCUUCCUCUGUCGGAUGUCAUGUGUCAGGAGACCACGCCCACUAUGAUGUCACACAGAGGACGAUGACAUCACUGCCCGGCCCGAGGCUGCAGGAUUUAAACUGAACUGAUAUCCUGUUGAGGAAUGAAUGAAAUUAAAGUAAAUGAAGCUUCAGGAAGUUCAUUUCACUCGCUCUCUGCCUGACAAUAACCUGAAACACACCUGAAGCUUUAAUUGAUGCCCCCCCCCCCCCCCUUCCCAUCCUCCGCCC